AUGUCCGAAGAGCCUGAGACCUUCGCCUUCCAGGCUGAGAUCGCUCAGCUUAUGAGCCUGAUCAUCAACACUUUCUACUCCAAUAAGGAGAUCUUCCUGCGAGAGCUGAUUUCCAACUGCAGUGAUGCCCUCGACAAGAUUCGCUACGAGAGUCUAACUAACCCCGAGGUUUUGGACACGAACAAGGAGUUGUGCAUCAAAGUCAUCCCCAACAAGGCGGACAACACGCUGACGAUCAUUGAUAGCGGUAUCGGCAUGACAAAGGCCGACCUUAUCAACAAUCUGGGCACGAUCGCUCGAUCUGGCACAAAGGCCUUCAUGGAGGCUCUGUCGGCGGGAGCUGAUAUCUCAAUGAUUGGUCAGUUCGGUGUGGGCUUCUAUUCGGCCUACCUGGUGGCAGACAAGGUGCAGGUGAUUUCGAAACACAAUGAUGAUGUGCAGUACCUGUGGGAGUCGUCUGCCGGUGGUUCUUUCACAAUUCGCCCGAUGGAAGAAGAUCCGAUUGGUCGAGGGACGAAGAUAAUUCUUCACGUGAAGGAAGACCAGGUGGAGUACCUAGAAGAGAAGAGAGUCCGUGACGUCGUAACAAAGCACUCGCAGUUCAUCGGCUAUCCAAUAAAGUUGAUGGUGGAGAAGGAGCGGACGAAGGAUGUGUCGGAUGACGAGGAGAUGGUGGAGGAGGAGAAGAAGGAGGAGGGUGAGAAGGCUGAAGGUGAGGAAGGCAAGCCGAAGGUAGAAGAUAUUGAUGAUGAGGAGGAUUCAGAGAAGGAAGGUGAUGACGAAAAAUCGAAAGAGAAGAAAAAGAAGAAGAAGCAGAUAAAGGAGAAGUACAUGGAUGAGGAGGAGUUGAAUAAGAUGAAGCCACUGUGGACGAGGAAUCCAGAUGACAUAACGCGGGAGGACUACGGUGAAUUUUACAAGCAGCUUAGCAACGACUGGGAGGACCACCUGGUAGUGAAGCACUUCUCCGUGGAGGGCCAACUGGAGUUCCGUGCCCUGCUCUUCAUCCCAAAGCGUGCUGCCUUCGACUUGUUUGAGAACCGGAAGAAGCGGAACAACAUCAAGUUGUAUGUGCGCCGCGUGUUUAUCAUGGACAACUGUGAAGAUCUGAUACCCGAGUACCUGAACUUCAUCAGGGGUGUUGUGGACUCGGAAGAUCUCCCACUGAACAUUAGCCGAGAGAUGCUGCAGCAGAAUAAGAUUCUGAAGGUGAUCCGUAAGAAUCUGGUGAAGAAGUGUCUGGAGUUGAUCGAUGAGUUGACAGAGGAUGCAGAGAACUACAAGAAGUUCUACGAGCAGUUCUCCAAGAAUAUCAAGCUUGGCAUCCACGAAGACAGCACGAAUAGGAAGAAGUUGUCCGAGUUUCUGAGGUAUUACUCCUCCUCCAGCGGUGAUGAGAUGACGAGCCUGAAAGACUACGUGUCUCGGAUGAAGGAGAAUCAGACGGACAUCUACUACAUAACGGGUGAGAGCAAGGAGGCUGUUGCGAAUUCGGCCUUCACGGAGGUGCUGAAGAAGCGCGGACUGGAGGUGUUGUACAUGCUUGAUCCGAUUGACGAGUAUGCCGUGACGCAGCUUCGCGAGUACGAUGGCAAGAAGUUGGUGUGCGUGACGAAGGAGGGUCUAGAGCUGCCGGAGGAUGAGGAGUCGAAGAAGAAGUUUGAGGAGCUGAAGACGGAGUUUGAGCCGACAUGCACGAAGAUCAAGGAGAUUCUGUCCGGCAAGGUGGAGAAGGUGACGAUCUCAAACCGACUGCUGACAUCCCCGUGUUGCGUAGUGACGUCGACGUUCGGUUGGUCGGCAAACAUGGAGAGGAUAAUGAAGGCGCAGGCAUUGAGGGACUCCAGUACGAUGGGCUACAUGGCGGGCAAGAAGCACUUGGAGCUGAACCCAGAGCACAUCAUAAUAAAAAAGCUGAAGGAGAUGUUGGCUGACUCGCAGGGUGAGAAUCAGAAGAUCUGCAAAGACCUUAUCCAUAUGCUCUUUAACACUGCUAUGUUGGCCUCGGGCUUCACUUUGGACGAUUCCAAGACGCACGCGAACAAGAUCCAUGAGUUGAUCAGCAUGUGUCUGCAGAUUGAGGACGAGGGUGGUGAGAAGCUGGAGUCGGUGUCGGCUGCGGCGGAUGCGGCUCCUGCGGAGGCCGGUGACGAUGCCGCAGGCAUGGAGGAAGUGGACUGA